AUGAGCUGGUCAAAGCGCCGUGUCCGGUUAACGUGCUCUGCCCGGCUACCAAAACGCUGUGUCCGGCAAAAAAAUGUGCGGCUCCAUGCCCGUGAAGAUAGAACAUCUUCACCAUCCCGACAGGCCUUAAACAGCGACAGGAACCCCAGCGAGCCUGCUCAAGAUAGUCCACCAUUCCCAAAACCAGAUGAUACAGAAAACACGUGUGUUGGACUUCGUCAAAUAUUCAAUGGUAUACCUGCAAGAAAUCCAUCAACCCCAAAAGAUAUACGCAGGGAAUUCCUCAUGAAUGAAAUGGGUCCGAACCUAGAGGAGACGUGUCAAGCUUUGCGUGAGGAGAGGUGGCAUAACAACGAGUGUAUUUGUCGGAAACCAGGGUGCGAGGAAAAGAGGAAGAGAUACCCCAAAUGCCAAAAGAAUCCGGAUAGCUGCACCCGGGAUCAGCAGUGGUUCGAGGAAGAUUUCCUGGUGUGGUAG